CGCGCGCGCGACUUGCCUUCGCCUCGCACGACAGUCGCAAUUAAGUCAUCGGUCGAUUUAGCAGCCUCAGCGCUCAGCUUCCUUAUUUCGUGUCGCGAUUUUAAACUUAUUUUCGGUCAUUCGGUCUCUCGGUCCACCGCCGCUGGAAUGUCUCACCGUGAGAUGGAGUUCGAGGAGCUUCUGUUCUACGUGGUGGAGCUCAAGGACAAACUGAACGCCAAACUGGACGCCCAAACGGCCAAGAUAAACCACCAGGGUUCGAUCAUAAAUCAGCAGGGCCAAAUCGUGGACGAACUUUGCUGGCAACUGCGGGAGCUUAGCGAGAAAAUGCGAGAACUACGGGUGGAGAAUCGACGGCUCCAGGAACGGCUUGGUCGGAUGUGUCCGGAGUGCGCCGGGUGCCAUUGUGGAACUUAUGCGAACCAUAUCGCCGAUAGGUACAACGAGCUGGUGGUGGACGAUGGAAAACGGAAGAAGUCGACAAGUAGUGACAAAAGUGUGAAAUCAGUUGAACAAGGCCAAUUAGUGCAAUCAGAAGUGGAUCAACGGCGACAGACGUUCACGAAAGAGAAAGAAUACAGUCAGGUGGAUAAGAAACGUGACGGCAGCUCGAAGAAGAAGUGGCUUUUCGGAGGAUCGGACAAGAAGGAUACGGCUUCAGCACCCAUCGCAAGCAGUACCACAACGUGGUACAUAGACGAUGGGAUAAUCUACGAACCAAUAGAACUGUCCGCCAAACCCACAACUCGCGCCACUCUGGAGAAGAUCAGCGCCGAAGUCUCGUCCAACGCUCCACAGCCUGCUCCCCGAAGACUCUACACCGCUCCAGCGGUGGACAAUCUAUCCAAAUACUUCCAGGAUGACCUAAGCGACAUUCAGCUGGAGGAAAUCGAGGAGGAAGACGAACAGCAGGAUGAAGAUGAUGUAGUGCUGAGGCCCAGUCAUGUGAAGCAGUUCGCGCCGGAAUCGCAACGGGGCAGCAGCAAGGUGGCAUGCAGUCGAAUCGCGGACCUGGACCUCUCGUACCUACCGGAAGAGCAGAGCAUUUCGACGGAAAACAUUGUCCGCUUCACCUUCAGCAGUCGACCGGCAACGGCCAUACCCGCCACAACCAGUGAGGACAGACCCCAAUCGACGUCGGACAGCCGACGACACGCCAUCCGUUCCUACAUGUGACCUGUGUCGGUAGCUUCCACUAGGAAACCGUAUAACUCAUAUAUGUCGGUAGCUUCCACUAGGAAACCGUAUAACUCAUAUAUGAUGUUACUUCCCAAAAGAGUCCCACGCUUCCAACAUGUAUGUCAUCUUCCUGAUGACCGAAUUGUGUCUACCUGUCGUGAGGGGCGAGCAAUUGGAGCAAAAGUGGAACAACCCCAUUCUCCCCUUCACUGCGCUACUGGAAGGCGAUUCAUCAGGUGGUGACGGACAUACAUCGCCAUUUAUCGAGGUCAACAGCUUUUCGCGUUUGUUAUAGCAUUUAUUGUAAGGAUGCCUUCCUCGCCGCGGAAUGGAUGUACAUGUCUAUCAGAUACAGUCAACUGUCCACAACUCGGUAUUUCGUAGCUCGACAUCGGAUUGCAGAACCGUAGUAAAUUGUUAUUUUGCGAUUUCGUUUCAUAUCUGCCUACUUUUUAUCGAAAGAAUGAACACUACAAUGGCCUACUUUUCCCACUAACAAAAACAGUACUGAAAAGUGAUGCUUUUCAGUACUACUUCAAACAGAUGCUGAAAGUAAUAUUUAAUUCUGUUUGUGGAUAAAUUGAUAUCUGAGUGCAUCCAUCGAAUCGGUCUGGUCUUCUGAAUGAGUUAGUCAACUAGAAAGUAGGCUGGAAUGCAACGGAAUUACAAAAAAGUGGGUUUUCAUGGCUACCUCGAUGGUCGCUGUGACAUCUGAUGGUCCCUUCAACAUCGAGUUACAGAGAGUUGCCUGUGGUAUGAAGACUGUGCAGCAAACGAACAAAUUGAAAUGUUGUUAAAAUGUAUGUCAGCAACAGAAGAAUGUACUACUCGCGAACACGUUGCAUAACGGGAGUGAAUGGCAAAAGGAAGGAUAAUCCUGAAUCGCUUGUUUUUUUUUUAUUUCACGUAUUGUACAUAAGUAGAUUAAGUAGAAACCUAUAGCUGAACCAGACUGCAUGCCAGUGAUAGUUGAUUGAAAAGAGGCAGCACGGCACUAAAUAUAUGCUCGUUAAAUGAUGAAA